UAUACCUUAUCUUCGGAUACCUUACGCAGACUGCACUGCACUAGGUACUACAGUCCCAAGUGUGCGCACUUCUUUCUGAUCGCUCUCCCGCUCGGCGACGGUUGGCUUCCAACUUCGACCUCUUUUUUUCGGGACGGCGUGUUCCAGCAAACGGUCGACCUUGCCGUGCAUCCCAUCAUCGCCCAUCCAUGAUCCUCCUCCACCUUCUUCACACUUGACACUACUCCAUAGUCCAUACCCAUCAUCCAUGCAUGCUGCUCAUGCUGCUACCUUCUGUACCUGUGCCUAUGCCAUCGCACCCCGGACGAUAUCAUACUCGCUCUCACACUCACUCACAUUCGCGCACACCACACACACCUGCUCCAUUACACUCCCUGCAUCUAACCAGACUACGGAGGUCCUUUACACUACACACCCUUGCUGCCACUUCGGCGUACCCUAGCCUGGUCGGUCGUGUCACAGCCCACGCUCCUCUCGUCCAAUCGCCCAUUCCUCCCGUGCUCCAGAGGCCCCACCGGACAUCUCUGGGCUUGCUGAGCUGGCCGCCCACCUCUUCAAAGACAUCCCGGUCCUCUCCACUCGCCUUGGCUGAAAUCAAUCCAUCUAUCCAUCCUUCUGCCGCCGACUCCCACACGUCGCUCUACCUAUCCGUACUCCUCCUCCUCCUCACUGCCUGCUCUAACCUACGCACGCCUGCUACCACCACCACCACCACCACUACCACCGCUGCCGCUGCCGCUGGCUCGCCUAUUACAUCUUGCCUACCCUCCUCUCCCUCGCGUGGUAUCGUGCCUGAUAUCCCCUCUUUUCUUUUCACCUUUCUGCAGCCAUAAGCCAUACCUCACCCUCACCCUCGCCUGCUGCUCUCCUCUGACUCUUUCCCUCGCUCUCUCACACACACACACUCACAUCCCAUCGCGCAUUAUCGACUUCGCACAGCAUCGUCGUCGCUCUUCAACAUUGUCUGUCGGGCACCACUCUUCGCAGGAUAUCGCCAUCGCUUGCCUGAUCGCAUCGUGUCGAUCCAGCGAUCCCGUCGCUAAACUUACAAUUUGACCGCCAAAAGGCCCCCUUGCAUUCACGACCCACAACUCAUUUCCAAAGUCUAGACCCGACCUAGGUGAGCCUUGAGUCUCCUCUCUCUUUCUCCUCCCUUCAAUCAUGCAAAACCCCGUUCGGGUUCAAGAACCUUGAAGCCGGGCCCUGUCAGGUUGACAGAGUCAAGACCACACCGUCAACUACUUAUCUAACCUUAUGCCUUUGCGGCUCGCUGACAUGCCCUCCCUCCCACAGCCCACUACUUGCCGCGAACGCACUUGACGCAGGUUUGGAGACGACAUCAUUCAACUACAAUCGGCCGAAAUGGCCAAACCCACGCGCUAUACCGGCUCUCAUGAGCCUUUGCAAAUCUUCCAAGACGACUUUUUCGAGAACUCGACAACAAUGAUCAACCACGCACCCAUGCCUGCCGCCUCCAAGCCACCGAGGAGGCCGCUUGGCGCAACAAGUAACAACAAUGUCGUUCUCAACCCUCCGAUGCUCGCAUCCGACAGACACUCGCCUCUAAAGGCAUCAUCAGGCAACAUCAAAUCGCACCAUGCCCCGUUAAAGUCCCAGGGCAGCAAGUUGAACAUGGUGCCAAUGGCGCCACCAUCAGCAAACAACCAGAACACCGACUCGCUACACAAGAAGCCCUACUUGUCCAAGUUCAAGACCGUCGCACAGAAGCCUCCUUCUGUGGAUUUGGCCGCCGGCUUCGGGAAGGAGAACGUUCACCCGCAGUUGUAUCCUGCGCCACCGACCAUCAACUUUGAUCAAUUCUACAUGCACAAGGGACCCGGAAAGCGCACAUUGAUGGAGGCUGCGCCGAUCAAGGAAUCACGACCUCUGAAGAAGGUAAAGGCCGACGAGUCCGGCCUUCCACCUCACGACUCUUUCCCUCCAAUCGUCGACGAUGGAACGAAACCGGGCCACAGCUACGCGACUUUGAUUGGGAUGGCAAUUCUUCGAUCACCACUGCGUCGCCUGACGCUCGCACAAAUUUACAAGUGGAUCUCAGACACGUACUCGUUUUACAAGGCGGAGGAAUCGGGAUGGCAGAACAGCAUUCGGCACAACCUCAGCCUUCACAAGGCCUUUAUCAAGGUGGAACGACCAAAGGACGACCCGGGUAAGGGAAAUUACUGGACGAUCCAGGAGGGCAUGGAGCAACAAUUCAUGAAGGACAAGCCGGCAAGAAAGACGGCAACAACCGCCGAAAACGUGCCCGUCAUGUCAACCCGUAUGGAACCCUCAAGGCCGGCCAACAUGCCGAUCCAGGAGCCGACCCUUCCGCCUCCUGCACCGAUCAGACAUGCGACGACGCUCCCGCCUUUGCCCACUUCCCAGGCUACCGUUGCCGUUGAGUUCUCAUCCGAUGCCACCAUUCCCGUCUCGGACUCGGCCGCACCGGAAGAUGGACAAGAUAAGCUGGACCACGAAUGCUCUCCUCUGCCGCCUACGAUGCAUUCUUCACCGCCAAUUCCGCGACACAUGGAGCCCCGCAGCCGCACGCCUCCUCCGCCUGGCCGCGGACCUAUGUCGUCCAUCACCAGAUCUCACAAGAGAAAAUUCGCGUCCAUGGAUGACAGUGGUUACAUCUCGUCUCUCGAAUCCUCUGCUUUGCGCCCGCAAAAGACUGGCAUUCUUACCUCAGAGGCCGAUCGCCCUCGCAAGCGCAGUCGCGCUGGCAGGGCCGAGGAUGAGAUUGCUCGCUUGCGCGCGUCGUCUUACGAUAGCCCUAGCAAGGGUCGGUCGUACAACGCGUUCGCCCCACCGUCCUCAUCGCCGCUCCGCCAACAAGGGCAGAUGCUGCCACCGCUCACGCCAGCCAUGAAACUGAAGCCGCCUACCAAGGCCCCGCCUUCUGCCUCGCCUAACACCAAUCUUCGCCAGCACCGCGAAAAUGUCCGCCAGAUGCUGCAGUCUCCGAUCCGCAAGAUGGUCGGCACCGGUGACGGCAACGCUCCGUGGAGCCCCGCUUUCAACCUGGACGAGAGUGUCUACAACUACAACCUGAUGGCUGCUGGUGACUUUGACAUCUUCCAGGACAUGGACAACGACUUCUUUGACGGCCUACCUCAAGAGUCUCCGUCCAAGAAGUCUGGUGGAAAGCGACCCCGUCUGGAGCGUACUCACUCUGCCAAUGCCUUGGCCGAUACUCAUGACUCGGGUAACGGCAACAAGUCGGUUCUCUCAACGCCCUUCCUGAAGGCACCUGCACAACCUUCUGCCAUGUGGGAGACUCCUAGCAAGGUCUUUGACGGCCUGUCCUCCCCAAUCAAAGCCAACAACGACGCCGCCGUGCAAUGGAGAUUCCCCUCGCCGACCAAGAUAUCUAGUUCAUUCUACGAGGUAGCGGCCGAGGGCGACUGGCCUUCGUUCUCCUUCGACACGACAGACUUCUUGUCGGAGGAGACCACCGAGUACUCGGGUCUCGACAUCCUGCAAGGCUUUGAGAAGAUUGGCUCUGGCUCCCAGCCCAAGGCUUCCGGCUCCAAGCCCAGCAAGCCUGCGUUUGGACGAAGCUACACCACGCAAUUCUAAUCUCUUGCAACGAGACGACGAUGACGACCGUUACGAUGUAUGAACACAAUUACUGGCAUGACGUCCCGAUGCAUUCAGGCAUUCAGGGCCUGUUUCGACAAACACUUCACACGAUAAUGGAGCGCGCGGGGGAAACAAAAAAACUUUGGACUGAUUUUAAAGACUAAUGUCUGAUUCGGGCUUCGAGGCUUUCACAAUUCUCUUGUCCAUGAUUGUUUGCUUUAUGAUAAUGACGAAGCAGUGCACAUAUAAUGUCUUGGCUCUCCUUCUUUUUUUCCGGUGGGCAAAGGGGGGGAAAGCGAAGGGACAUCAUCAUUUCUUGAGAGGCACGGAGGGCACCAUGAGAUUCUUUUUUUUUUUUUUUUUUGCUUUCGUCGGCCUUGAACCAGGUUAGGUUCGGCUCGAGAUUCGCUUUUUUUUGCUGUUUGGCCGGAAUAGGCCAUUUGGUUGUUUGUGUUUCUUGCUGUGUAGGAAAAUACGGGUUGGAUGUGUAGCGUAUUAGCUUCGCUCCUUUUGCUAGGCACAC